CUCUUUCACUGGAACAAAUCCAGGAACCAGAAAAACACUCGUGCUGAUAUCCAAGCAGCUGAGCGCAGACCUUCUUCCUCUUCUCUCUCCUCCAUUCCUCUCUUUUCCGAAACGCUUGCCAGCGUCGCUGACACCCUCCGUCACCCACCUUAUUGCUUCCGCCGCUACUCCGCCGCUACUCCGUCACGAAUCUAGCCUUGCAGAGUUCACAGGUUGCAGAGGAAAAAGGGGCCUUAAGAGUCGCACACUUGUCCUGACACUUGUUCUGAAACUUUUCUAGCUGUCCGCGGAGAUAAGGUACAAGAUGGCCGCACUUUGGCUCGGGGCGGCUUGACUUUUUUCUGAUGGGAAUUGGAGAAUAGGAAAGAAUUUUUUUUUUUGGCACUUCGGUCCCUGAUUUUUUCUUUUUUUGCCAAGUUUAAGUUUCAUUCAUUCGAAAGCGGAAAACGGAGGACGCCGAUGAGAAACGAAGUAUUGGAAAACGACGAGGGAUGCUGGGAAGUUUCGAGGAAAUUUCACUUUCAGCAAUUUUUCUUCCUUUCUGAAACUUUUGGCCACUUUUUGUUUUUUUGGUCUAUUUUUAGUGUUUGGUUUCGCAAACCUUUGUUGCGGUCAGUUUUUAGUUCCUCAUCAUCCAGUGUUACAAGAUCGCCUUAUGUCAUUUGUUACUAGUAUCAAAGCUUUACUAGGCUGCGCUUUUCAAAUAGGUUGCGUUACGGUGUGGGGCAAGUUGGCGGCUAAGGAUGUAGGGUUAUAGGGGAACGCAUUGACCUCAAUGUCGCGUUGGAGUAAGAGGAGGGCAGGUCGGACUGCUCUGCUCCCGCUGCUACUCCUGGCCCUGGCGCUAGGGGGCGCCGCUCUUUUCCUGGCAUCACUGAACCUGCUACUGACGACUACCGCCUGGGGCCAGAGCCUGAUCCAAGGACGGGCACACCUGCAACAGGUUCUUCCAAUACAAGAACCCCAAGCUGAAGCUCAGAUCUUCUUCAAGAAUGUGUGGGAGAAGCACCAGUUUCUGUUCGAGAAACUGAGAGAGGAACGGAGUCGCCAGCGGCGUUCAGCAAACAAGAAGAACAGAAACAACAGAAAUAAAACUCCCAUCUUGGCUGCACAUUACGAAGUGAAACCAUCACAGGGAGGAACACAGAUGAAUGCAGAUAGCGAUGGUAACAUCCUGUACUGGUCCGAGGUCCAGCGAAAUUCCACCAGCCCGCUGAAAUACGACGAGAGGAAUGGGGAUUUUACAGUGACUCAUAAAGGACUAUAUUACCUAUAUUGCCAGGUCCAUUUCAACGAGGAUCGCAGCAGCUACAUUAAGCUGGACCUGAUCCUAGACAGUAACCUGAUAUUCCGCUGCCUUCAAGAAUUCUCUGCUACAGUGGCCAGCAUCGGCGACCCCAAAAGGAAGACCUGCAGUGUCUCUGGGCUUGUCAUCGUCACCCCCGGCUCCCUCCUCCGCAUCCGCACCCUCCCGAGAGCCGUGGUCAAAGUUGAGCCCUACCUCACCUACUUUGGACUCUUCCAAAUGAUGCAGGCGGCGGUAAUGUGUGGUGGGGUCCCGGGGCUGGCCCGGGGCUUGUGGGGGGGAACAGGUGCUUGGUUGGGGGUUCUUCUGUGUCUUAUGGCUCUGGUGUACCAGUCGAUUCAUCUGGACAGUCUUCAGAGGGAACUUUCUCUAGUUCACAAGAGUCGAGAAGCCUCUAAACUGCAGGCAAGGAAAUAUUGUGAAACGCCACUCUGCCACCGCAAGAAGAGGGAGGCCCCCGUCGACAUAAAAAAAAGACACAAUGGAAAUCGCUCUCUUCUCCACCUGGCAGUCGAGUCGGUAUCUUCAAUUGACUCUGCGGACCUUACUGAAAUCUCCUGGAGGACAUCACUGCAGGAAGGGAAGUCACUGGAGGUCCAAGGCCGCAGUAUACGUGUUAAGCAUUCUGGGAUAUACCUCAUAUAUAGCCAGGUCUUCUACAGAGACGUAACGUUUACUAUGGGUCACAUAGUGCUACGUAGGUCAGAUGACGGGUAUGGAGAGGGUGAAAUCCUUCUACGUUGUGUUCAGAGUAUGCCAAGCGAAGAUGAGUUGGCUUAUAACACUUGCUACACUUCUGGAAUCUUUCGACUACGCAAAGGAAACUCCAUCACUCUUCAAAUACCACGCAGAGAUGCCUCUCUUGAUAUUCACCGGCAUGCCACUUUCCUUGGUUUCAUCAAGUUGUAACAACCACCAGAAUAAAACAUUUUCCACGUCACUGCCAACUGAAUGAAAGUAAUAGAGGGAAGAAAAUUUUGACUAAAAAUUAGUCAUUAUUUUGACCUCAAAAUGGCAAAAAA